UUGGUUCAUAGAUAGCCGCACUUUGUUCAACUCCAAGUUAUAGGCGUCCCAUUGGGUUGUAUCAGCGAGACUUAAGUUUGUUCAAUUUCAAUCAAAUUUCUCCCGAAUUUGCUCCAUCUUCAAGGGGAGUCCGAAGAAUUGGACACAUUUGAACGACUCCGGAGUUGUGACUCGCUCGUGAGUCCCGAUACCCAACACGGUUUGGUUGCUACCGCCUGCACGCCUGACCACGUGGUGCGGACGUGCGGUUCGCAGACGCGCGCGCCCACCAGGUGCUCGACGGAAUGCUCGGAACAGGGGGCGCGCGACGCGGGCGGGGGCACCGGGAGGACCUGAGCUCGCCUGGACCUACGCCAUGGCAAGCCAACGAGCUGAGCUGAGCUGAGCUGAGCAGCGUCUGGCGAAUCCGGUACGCGAGGCGGCGGGAACCUAGGAUCUCCUGCCGGCUACCAUGCCCAGGAUGGCAGGAUGGGCCGAUGCCGAUGCCCACCGGAAUACCGGAUGCGGAUUCAGUGGGCGGUCCCUGUUCCCGACGACUCGCCGAUGACGCUCUCGUUCGAGGCUGGCGCCGGCAUCCCCAUGUGCCCAGUCGCGUUGAUAUCUCAACAGUGCGGGCAGAAUCAAUGGCGCUUGGUCUCUGCUGGUGGAGCCGCCUGGUUAACUUAUUUUUUAAACGGAGGGAGUAGGGAUGAACAUGCGCGCAGCUGGGAGAUUGGAGGACAUGGAUGGUUUCUCUUGGUUAAUUUGGAGAGAAGUGUUUGCUCACAUGGAGUUCGUACAAUGCGCUUAUCCGGAUUACUAACUCGAUGAUUGAUUUGGUGACAAUAUCCUCGUGCGAAUGUCGGGGUAUGGCUGCUGCGGUUUUUCUUUUUUUCUAAAAAAAAAGGAAGAUAUGAAAACAGUUUGAGAACUACAGGGUUGAAACUUAUAGUGGAUGUUAUCACCAAUAUGGCAAUCUCGUUACCUAUAACAGUGUAAAAUGUUCCUGGCAAGCAGAUGCAGAAUGGCCACUUCCUAUCCCUAA